AUUUUUCACUCCAUUACCCGUCAACAGAGGCUGGCUUAGUGCUUCAGAGGCGAGCUCUUAUUGUGAAAGCGAGAGGAGGCCGGUACAAUGCUUAGUCAUGGUGAGUUACAGCUUCCCCCCUCCUUCCUAUGUGGCGCACAGCUCGGCAGACAGCGAUGGAGGAUUUGAAGUAGACAACUUGUCAGCUGAGCCGAAAGCCCUUGUAAACACAGCGGAGCAAACAAAUUCCAGAGCUGGUCUGGGCAACCUCGAGGAAGCCAUCUCUAGAGAAAGCCAUCAAACACCCCUCCCCAUUCCAAAAUGUUACAUUAAGACACUUUUGGCAUUCAAAGCUACUUUUUCUGAGUUAACAAGCCUUUCCCUGCCUUAUCUACAGUAUCUGACUCUUCAGCACUUGGCACACAUGUAGCCCUCAGACUGGAUCUUUAAUUAUUACCUCUUAAAAAUGAAGCUGUAAAUCUUACCUUCUUUUCCCCCUGUUCUCUAGAGUAAUCAAUAUGCAAGACUGACCUGUACUAGUGCCAAAUCUGGCAGGACAUUUGGUUGGUAUUCAAAUAUCUUAUUUUUUUCUUCCUUUAGGGGUUUCUGAUUAAUUGCUGUAUUUGAGACAUUUUGUCUGCACAAACAUUUCAAUUAAGAUCCCUUUGAGUCUUAAGGUUUUUCAGCUCGUCAUAAGACAUUUCUCUACUUAAUUUUAUUCACCCCUCGGACAAAGCCAAAGGAAUCAAGAUUUGAUUAUGUUGGAACUGCAACAUGUAAAAGUACAACCAGCCGUGACUGGCAGCUCACACAAAAGUCCCUAGAAAUGCCAUAAUGAGGAGUAUGGCUGGACUUAAGUACUGAACAGAGCAAGGAAUCCCUAUGUCCAAAUAAAUCCCAGGUGAACUCGUGUACGUGAACAAGAACCAGGCCUACCCAGGAGAGCCCAGAUCUUUCUGUUAAGCUGCCUGCCAAGUGUCAGUCCCAACUCUUCUUUUAUUUCGUCCACGCCUGCGCCUGGUGCAAGGAUGCCCCAUAACACUGCCCACUGUUCUUGAGAAAGAGACCAAGAAGGAGGAGACAGGGUAGGAAAUGACAGAGUGCCUGACAGAAUGCAAAGCGCUGGUGACUCCGUCCACGCGCAACGGACACCGCGUCUUCAGCUACACGCUCGAGAGCCACACGGCUGCCGCCUUCGCCAUCAUGAACGAGCUGCGCCUGGAGCGCCAGCUGUGCGACGUCACGCUGCGUGUGCGCUACAAAGACCUGGAGGCGGUGGACUUUGUGGCUCACAAGGUGGUGUUGGCGUCCUCGUCCCCGGUCUUCAGGGCCAUGUUCACCAACGGCCUAAAGGAAUGCGGUAUGGAGUUAGUGUCCAUCGAGGGGAUCCAUCCCAGGGUUAUGGACCGACUGAUAGAGUUUGCCUACACAGCCAGCAUCUCCGUGGGGGAGAAGUGUGUGAUUCACGUGAUGAACGGUGCUGUCAUGUACCAGAUAGACAGCGUGGUCAAGGCCUGCUGCGAUUUCCUCGUCCAGCAGCUCGACCCCAGCAACGCCAUCGGCAUCGCCAACUUUGCCGAGCAGAUCGCUUGCACAGAGCUCCACCAGAAGGCCCGUGAAUACAUCUACAUGAACUUCAGCCAGGUGGCGACCCAGGAGGAGUUCUUCAACCUGUCCCACUGCCAGCUGGUCACCCUCAUCAGCCGCGAUGAGCUCAAUGUGCGCUGUGAGUCCGAAGUCUUCCAGGCAUGUGUGGCCUGGGUACGCUACGACCGGGAGAACCGGCGGCCUUACGUCCAGGCGUUACUCCAGGCCGUGCGCUGCCAUUCCCUCACCCCCAACUUCCUGCAGGCCCAGCUCCAGUCUCUGGACUGGGACCCCCAGUGUAAAGAUUACCUGGCUCAGAUCUUCCAGGAUCUUACCCUCCACAAACCCACCAAAGUCAUUUCUUGCCGAACACCUAAGGUGCCGCAGCUCAUCUAUACAGCAGGGGGGUAUUUCCGUCAGUCUCUCAGCUACCUGGAGGCGUAUAACCCCUGCACCAGAGCCUGGGUGAGGCUGGCAGACCUGCAGGUGCCCCGCAGCGGCCUCGCAGCCUGUGUGAUCAGUGGGCUUUUCUACGCUGUUGGAGGAAGAAACAACGCACCUGAUGGCAACAUGGACUCAAAUGCAUUGGACUGCUACAAUCCUAUGAACAACUGCUGGUUGCCGUGUGCACCAAUGAGUGUGCCGAGGAACCGAAUUGGAGUUGGAGUCAUCGAUGGCAUGAUAUAUGCAGCCGGUGGAUCACAUGGGUGCAUUCAUCACAAUAGUGUGGAAAGGUAUGAUCCGGAAAGGGACCAAUGGUACCUGGUAGCCCCCAUGUUGACGCGGCGUAUAGGCGUGGGUGUCACGGUCAUCAACCGGCUGCUUUACGCUGUGGGGGGGUUUGACGGGGCCAACCGGCUCAGCUCCUGUGAGUGUUACAACCCUGAGAAGGACGAGUGGAGGACCAUGGCCCCCAUGAACACUGUGCGCUCUGGAGCGGGUGUCUGCUCUCUGGGGAAUCGGAUCUUUGUGAUGGGUGGCUAUGACGGCACCAACCAGCUGAACACAGUGGAGUGCUAUAAUGUGGAAACUGAUACGUGGAGCUUUGCCGCGUCCAUGAGGCACCGACGCAGCGCCCUGGGAGUCACUGCAUUACAUGGGAGCAUCUAUGUGUUGGGAGGUUAUGACGGCAACACUUUCCUGGACAGCGUGGAGUGUUAUGACCCUGAGAAGGACACCUGGGCGGAGGUGACGCACAUGACGUCAGGACGGAGCGGCGUAGGUGUGGCCGUUACCAUGGAGCCGUGCCAGAAGGAACAGCCCCAGUGUCCAAAUUCUGAGAGGGAGAUCAGUGCAUCGUCACCGGCAUACCAUUCAGCCAACUCCGACUUUAGCUCUAAUCACAAUCUGGGGCAUGGAGGGCCUUUUGGCAAAGACGCAUGAGGUUUACGCUCUACCCUGUCACACACACAUAGACAAGCACCCCAAAACUCCACUCUGUCUUCCCAAAUCAAAAAAGGCGAUCCUAACUGAUUAGAGAUGAAGGUGAACUGAAACAUGACAUGCUGCCUCACUGGUUCUUAAGAUCACACUUAAUGUAAGAGCAAACAACCUAAAUCAGUAACACUGUAUCUCAAGAAUGAAGUGUUAAUAGCAAUCUCUCUUGUGACAAAAAAAAUAUGUGGCUGCAUUGCACUCUCCAAAUCCACAAGAACCUCAGAUCCUAUUGUCUGCUUUUCAAAAGGUUAAAGAAUUUGUUUUAAACUGUGUUUUGCCAAAUCUGAGAAACCUCAGUCUGUCUGUGUUUUCAGAUCUGCUGUUUGAAGUCCUCAGUUGGACCAUCAACUCCCAUGGGAGGAAAGGGCUGCAUACUAAAAUAAAAACAUUGGUCAUUGACUCUUUACACUUAAAGCUCAAGUGAAAUCUGAAGGGUGAAGAAAUAAUAAAUAAAAUGAUCUCCUUGUAUGACAAAAACUACAAAAAAGUAGCAUUUUUCAGAAUAGGCAGUAUAGUUUAAAGUGCCAUUUCAAUGCCUGUGGGCAUUACUAUCAUCAGUAUAUUGACUUGAGGUACUGUAAUAGAAAGGCACAGGUGUUAAUUGUGAGGUGUGUAGACAUUGGUGAAGUUAACCCAGACAGCCACAAGAUGAAGCUUAUACACAAAAGUGGGCCUCAUGCAAGAACAUUUCCGAAUCCUCACUCUUAACACCCAUUAUUUUUUUCUGGUUAGGUAAUCCUGUAUGUGUCAGAUUCAAGACAACUGCACACCCAAGUUAUUAAAUGAGGCUUUGGUUCUGCUCUGUUGGCGAGUUUCAUUCACAAAAUCAUCCCCUCUAGUUUUUUUUUUAAUCACAGCUAAGGAAAAUGGUUGAUAGGUAAUUCUCCUAAUUUCUUUCUUUGCUUUUUUUUGUGUUAAUUGUUGGCAGUUGGUAGAGAGGGGUUUGACAUGCAACAAAAGUCCUAAGGGUUGAGUUGAUCCCGGGACAACAUGGCAUGUUCUACACCCGCUCAGCUACCAAUGUGCUAUGCUUUUACGUCAAUUUAUGUUGAAAAUUCCUACAAGUGGUUCUUGCAUGAGGCGCAAUCUCAACUUCAAGAGCUGGUACCAGAGAAGCAGGAACUAUUAAAAAAAAAAAAAAAAAAUGUGUUCUUUCACUAAUAGCUACUGGUAGGUGCAUAAAAAGUGUUUUUGUUUUUUGGCAGGGUUGGCAAAUGAGUUUUGCUUCAUAUAAUGCUGUGAGAGAGUCUGGUUCAGUAGAAUUGGUGCCAAUAGAACAAAGAAACAGAGUAUGAGUGGAUUAACAGGAAACAAAAUAUGGUAGCGUUUAAAAACUUUUCGUUGAAAUGUGUUUUUGUAGAAGCACUAGUAUAGGACAAUUAAGUCAAUUAAGAACGUCCCCCUCCAGUUGACUUUGUGGUUUUUCUCCUCCACCAGACCUCAGAAACAGAAGUGACCAUGUUUGUCCAUCAGUGUUCACGUAAUGUACGCUAAUGACAACUACCUGCUUAAAGAAGUGUAUUUGUAACAGCAAUUUAAGCUACAAAGGUUUUUAAGUGAUGUUUUGUACAUUGAUAUUCUAAAAAAGUCUUGUACAGAAUUUCUGAGCUCACUUUUUUAUUUAUUUGUUCAGGAUUGUUUUGGUUUUCUCGUUCCUCUAAACUGACUUCAGCUUUGUAUUGAAUUGGACUCUAGUGUUGAUUUUUAUUUUUUGAAUAACUAGCAUGCAUUGUAACUAAGUAGAAAUGCCUGUUUAUGCUAAUUUUGGAUGUUUGUAAAAAAAAAGUUGCUUCACUUUGAAAGGGAAUUUGUUUCCUGUUUGUCAGUAGUUGGAAUGGAAAUUAGAUUAUUUAAUGUCUGCUUUGUACAUUUUCUUUUUCAGCACAAAUACCCUGUACAAUAAUACAUUGUAAAGUAAAAUAUAUGUUUAUUGUA